GCGAGGACGUUGUGUCCUCUCUUCUGGACUUGAGCAUGCUCCAAGCUCGUCAGGGGCGACUCACCCUCCAUGUCGCUGCACUACGUCGCCUUCUCGCCAUCCUCUCAGACCCUGACCGCACCCUCCCGAUCAUCCCAGUACGAUUGGGGACCUCCACGAGGGUGUACUCAGCGUUGUGGGAUUCCGGUUCUCGAGGCGACUUCAUUCAGCCCCGUGUGGUGAAAGAAGCCCGCUUACCUACGACCGGGUCUCCGUCUCCCAUCUCUGUCACCCUAGGGGAUGACAAGACCCAGCGCUUCUUCAAUCAGACGGUCACCGACCUCCCUUUCUUCCUCACUCUCAAGCCGACUUAUCGUCCCCCGGCGUCUCAUCGCCACCGCUCCUCUGCACAUUUCGAUGUGAUGGAGACGGGGUACGACUUCAUUCUCGGCACUCCGUGGUCUCGUCGGUUCUGCAGCACCGAGGCCGAUUGGGUGACCAACACUCUCGUUCUCAAAACAAAGUGUGGACAGACGUAUCGCAUACCUUUCAUAGGUACCCCCGCGACACCACGCCCCGAUCCUCCUCCCCUGGAGCCUUCCGUGCCCACACCACCUCCUUCUAUCACUGUCACCUCGCCUCUGCAGUUCGCCCACUUCAUCCGACAGGACGAUGUCACCUUCUUUAUGCUGGACGUGACGGAUCUCUUACACUAUAAUCCACCCUGUCCCGACGCCGAGCUCAUCCCUCUGGAGCCAGAUCCUCCUUCUAUCUCCAUGGCUCCCAUCUCUACUUCCGUCCCUCCCCCGUCUAUCGAGUCCACUCCACUGUCGCGCGUUGACGCUGACGCUGAGGAACUCGCACGAUAUACGGCUGACCUGGAGCCCGCAGUUUGUGACCUCAUCCGAGAGUACCACGAUGUUUUUCCAUCGUCGUUCUCGUACGCCGGCAUCCCACCGAUGCGUGACGUCGAGCACUCCAUUCAGCUUGUGCCUGACUAUCAUGGAACUCUUCGUCUCUGCAUCUACUACCGCGGUCUCAACCGCUACACGAUUAAGAACAGCUACCCCAUGCCUCGUUCCGAUGAGUUGUUCGACCGCCUAGCAGGCAACCGCUUUUUUACGAAGAUUGAUCUUCGUAGCGGUUACCAUCAGAUCUGCGUCGCUGCAGCCGRCCARCCGAAGACCRCGUUCCGAUCGCGAUUCGGCCACUACGAGUUCACGGUGAUGCCAUUCGGCCUCACCAACGCACCCGCUACCUUCCAGAGGGCGAUGAACGACAUCUUCAGGGACAUCCUGGAGCAGUACGUUCUCGUCUACCUCGACGAUAUCCUGGUCUAUAGUUGUACCCUUGAGGAGCACCUCAGACACCUCCACGACGUCCUUGACCGCUUGCGCAGACAUGGCUUCUACGCCAAGCUGAGCAAGUGUCGCUUUGCCCAGCACAAAGUGGAUUUCUUAGAACACUACGUGUCUGACCAGGGUCUCCACACGGACACGGCGAAGAUCACUACUAUUGCGGAGUGGCCCGCCCCCACAUCCGCCAAGCAGCUUCGCAACUUCCUAGGCCUGACCAACUACUAUAGUAAUCUCAUCCGGGGAUACGCUAGGUAUUCCUACGUCCUUACCUCCACCCUCCUUCGGAAGAACCCACCCUGGGCUUGGACACCCCUCCACGAGGACACCUUCCGCGCCCUCAAGAAGGCGGCGGUUCUUCACCUACCCGAUUUUGAUCGCCCUUUUAUCCUUACCACCAAUGCGUCAGCCUUUGCUGUAGGAGCAGUGCUUUCUCAGGUCUUCCCCUCCUCUCCUGAUUCCUCUCCUUUUCGUAUCCCUCGCUUCCCACCACCUACCCCUACCACUGCUUCCCAACUGACGCCUACUCGUCCAGCUACUGACGAGCCUUCUAUUGACUAUUCUCCUACCAUUGUCGAGGACGACAUUGUCGAGUCUCGCUCAGGUGAUUGUCCGAUAGCCUUCUAUUCCCGUCAGCUUCUGUGCGCCGAGAUAAACUACACCGCUGAUGAAUGUGAGGUUAUCGCAGUAGUUUAUGCCGCUCGGCACUGGCGUCACUACCUGCACGGGGCACCGUUCACGGUGCGUACGGACAACUCUGUUAUCCAGGCUUUUCUGACAAAACCGAAGCUCACUCCUCGACAGGCUCGUUGGUGGCGCGACCUAUCCGAGUUUAGUUUCACCACUGAGCACAUCAAGGGUGAGACUAAUCGGGUCGCAGAUGCCCUAUCCCGACGCCCUGACCACGACCAGGAGCAGAUCCAACUCUCUUCCAUCUCGGUCACCACUGUCCACCACUCGGUGAUCGACGAGUUUCGCCCUCAGUAUCGUCACUGCCCCGACUAUCGCGACAUCCACGCGACCCUUCGGAGUGGCAAGACCGUCCCGAACUACUCUCUCGGGGACAACGUUCUCGUGUACUGGCACGGUUCACAGGGCACCAGAGAGCCCCGUAUUUGCGUUCCCUCCACUGGACAGCUACGUGUCCGCGCAGUAGCAGAGUUCCAUGACCAGGCAGCCGCCGGUCAUAUGGGCUUCCACAAGAUGUUUGCUCGUGUGAGCCGCCUGUACGUCUGGCCGAAGCGCAAGGACUUUGAGAAGGACUACAUCGCAGAGUGUCCCACCUGUCAGGAGGUGAACAGUGCGAACCACGUUCCUUAUGGUUUGCUCCAGCCUCUUUCUAUCCUUGAGGGUCGUUGGCAAUCCAUCUCGAUGAACUUUAUCGGUCCCCUUCGUCCUCCGACCCCUCGCGGUCAUGAUGUUAUCCUGGUCGUCGUCGACCGCUUCACGAAGCGUGCACUCUUUGUUCCGUGUCGCUAUGCCAUCAGUGCACGUGAGGUCGCCGACAUCGUGUUUGACCGAGUCGUGCGUGACCACGACUUACCUCUGAGCAUCAUAUUUGACUGUGACCCACGCUUUACCAGCCGAUUCUGGCGACUGCUCCACGAGGUGUACGGCACUCAGCUCCGCUUCUCCUCGUCUUACCAUCCUCAGACUGAUGGUCAGACAAAGAUCACGAACAGGACUCUCGAAGAUAUCCUCCAAAAGAUUGUUCGUGACGACCAGCAGUGGGAUCUCAAUCUUGCCCACGCGGAGAUAGCCUACAACCACGCCGUCUCGCCAACCACGGGGAUGUUGCCUUACUAUUGCGACCUCGACUAUCACCCUCGUUUUCCUGCGGACUUCCUCCGAUCAUCACAGAUGCACCCCGACACGAGUUGUCCCGCGCUGGAUGAUUGGGUUGCACACAUGACGCCGAUCAUGAAAACCACACAUGAGCACAUAGCCGCUUCCCAGACCCGCAUGGCAGCACGUGCGAACCGAUCGAGGAUAGAUCACCCAUUCAAAGUCGGUGAUGAUGUGGUUAUCGACGCCCGCCACUUACAGCUCGAAGCGGACACGCUUCGCAAGUUUCGGCGUCGCUUCUUUGGACCAUGCCGCAUCCUCCAGGGCGUCGGUUCUGAUAUGGCAUCUAGCCUGGUCAGCUUCCGUGUGAAGUUGCCCGACUACCUAUGCCAGGCUAGUGUGCAUGAUGUCUACCACGUCUCGUUACUGCGUCCUUACCGCAGACCGUCUGAGCGUUUCGUUGGACGACCAUACGAGCGCCCUCCACCCAUCAUGGUGGACGGCCACGAGGAGUUCCUCGUUUCAGACAUCAUUGGUCGCCGAGUCACCGACGAUACCCUCCCCACGUUGAGUAUCUCGUACGUUGGAAGGGUUACCCUGAUGAGGAGGCUACCUGGGAGCCCCUUGAGCACUUGCAGCACACUCGCAUGUUGGUGCGUGCCUAUGACCGUGCUCGUCGUGCUGGGUUCACUGCUCCUCCUCAGCCCACCGACCCUCCCCCUUCUCCCCCGGCUGAGGAGACCGCUGAAGUCGAGCCUGCUCCAUCUGAGGCAGACCUUCAGCAACAGCCGGAUGCUUCUGAGCGUCCACAGCGCACUCGUCGUCGUCCUACUCGAUACGAGGAUUGACUCUGACUUACCUUCCCACGUCUUUGACUUCUCAGUACUCCACCCACUCCAGUUUUGCUCCUUCAGCUCAUCGACGUUGCGGUUCUUCCUCGACGACAUUCUGGACUUCUCAUCGUGGACGUCAUCGGCAGCUUCAUGGACUUCGUCACGAUCAGCUCUGCCAACUUCAGACGUCAUCACUCCCUUACCACUUGACCCUGUACAGUACCCUGCUUGUGUCGCAUGAUGAUCUCCCCUUUAGCCGGGUUCCUCUGAGUUGGGCUCUCCCUUGGUAUACGCAUAGGCAUCGGGACC